AAUGCAUAAUCGCUCCAAGAAGCCUGUGUGGGCGCUAUUCAAGAUAUUGGAAAUCUUUCUAAGCUCGGCUUGCUGCUAUAGACACCUAUUCUGCUACUUGGAGCAUCAGAUUCCCAACGUUUUUAUAUUGUGCGCUACUUAUGCUAGUGGCGUCCUUUUGGGCGUUGCCGGAUUGGUAGGAUCUCUAUUCUACGAACGAGUCGCGCACCGUGUCGAGGCCUUGAUGAGCGGAACAAUGGGCACGUUGAAUAUGAUAACCGUCUACGUGCACAUGUAUUUGCUUGAACAUAAUCAGCUGAUGUCAUUUCUUAGGGAACAGGAGCAGGAAAAGUACGCCUUUUUCAUCUGUUGUAAAAGCAAUGCCACUUGGGCCUGGUUUGCUGUUGGCCUCUAUUAUCUGCAUUGUUCCUUUGCCCUGGACAUGGUUUUCAAUCGCAGGACAGUUAGGGACAAGGAUAAUGAGAAGGUGCGCAGCAGGCGCCGACUUAAAUUAUAUUUUAUAAGCAAGUCAUUUGAGCGCUAUGUUAGCCGCUAUCGUUGGUUCAAAUUGCUCUCAGCCAACAUAAAGAAGAAAGCUCACAUAAAACCCCCGUCACAGAGGAGAAGAAUGUCAACGAUGUUUAAAUUAUAAAC